UUCCCCUUCCUCUGCGCCUCCCGAGGAGGCUGGAGGGGGGCUCGCGAGGCCGCGCCGCCGUGGGCGCUGGAGCGCCCCGCACUGCGCCGGCAAGGGCGCGUCGCCGAGCCGGGUGCCCGCACUAGGGUGCGGGUCGGCGGGCAGCGGGCCAAUCUCCGACCCGGACUCCGGGGCCCCCGGCUGUCGCCGGGAGGAGCCCGAGCCGGCCCCGGGGCGCCUCCGCCACCCCGAGCGCCUCCCCCUGCUGCUUCGCGGGGCCACCCUGCACCCACACCCGCAGCUCCGAGGUUGUCACUUCUGCGCGCCGCUUCGAAAGGGGACCGGAGCGGGAGCGCUCCGGGGAGUUGUCGAGGAGGAUGCCCUAGUGUUGGCUAUGUCCCCAAGCUGCUUGCCGGCGCUCGCGAGGAAGGCAGUCGGGAUAACACCACCCAAACUUUCCUUCGCGGCAGCAUCGGGAGGAAACAACCCUCGCCGAGGCUCACGGAGAGCAGAAGGGAAGACUCGGGGCACCUGGAGGGGACAGGGCCGAGCCUGCGCAGGACGGUGCCCUUGGAGUUCCUGGGAGCCCUGAAGGCGCCCUAAGGGGCAGGACUAGUCGCCGGCGUGCGCUCAGGCGAAAGGAGGUUCAGCGGGCGCAGCGUCUCCUUUCCUGAGCCCCGCAGUGACCGUGACCUCCGCGCGCUCCCCGCGCACGUGCUCGUGGCCGAGGAAGAGGAAGGGUCUGGCGGCACACGCUGGGGGCAGGGACUAGCGGGCAGGCCCAGGGCGCAGGGAGGUGCCGCGGGGGAGCGCGCUCGCUGCGCCCCUGCUUCCCCCGGGACCCGACCGACUGCUUCUCGCGCUUCCUGCUGCGGGGCUCGGGGCCGCGAGCGGUCACUGUGAGCGCAGAGCCCGCUGAGUGUCGUGCCCGGUGCGCCCCUGGACCCGGCGCGGAGCGGCCACGCGGCGGGACAGGUGUAGCCGGCAGCCUCGGGCGCCGUGCUCCGAAGGACUGGGUGGGCUCGGCUGGCCGUGAGUUGGCUCGCGGGCCGCGGAACUCAGGUCCCCGCCACGCAGGUUGGUCGGCACGUCAUUUUGCACCGCCGCGGCCGGAGCCUCGGGCCGCCAGCUGAAGUGAAGGAAGUCGCGGCGGAACCCGGCUCCCCGGGCAUGACCCUGAUGCCCGCUGCUCGCGGCGGGCCCCGCGCCGGCCCCCGCGCCCGCCCCGGGACCUAGGCAGCUGCGCGCGGCCGCCGCCGGCGCCUCCCCCAUGCUGCUCGGAGCGUCCUGGCUGUGCGCGUCCAAGGCGGCCGCCGCUGCUGCGCAGAGCGAGGGCGACGACGACAGGCCAGGCGAGCGGCGGCGGCGGCGGCGGGCGGCGGCCGUGGCGGCGGGCGAGGACAUGGAUGAGUCGUCGCUGCUGGACCUGCUGGAGUGCUCCGUGUGCCUGGAGCGCCUGGACACCACUGCCAAGGUGCUGCCCUGCCAGCACACUUUCUGCCGCCGCUGUCUGGAGAGCAUCGUGUGCUCGCGCCACGAGCUGCGCUGCCCCGAGUGCCGCAUCCUGGUGGGCUGCGGCGUGGACGAGCUGCCCGCCAACAUCCUGCUGGUGCGCCUGCUGGACGGCAUCCGCCAGCGGCCCCGCGCCGGCGCCAGCCCGGGCGGCAGUCCCCCGGCGUGCCCUGGCCCCGGCUCAGGGGCGGCCACCGCGCUUGCGGGUGGUGGGGGCAGUGCGGCGGGCAGCGCCCCCGGCUCGCCCGUCUUCCUUUCUGGGUCGGCAGGCACCGCCGCUGUCAGCCUGCGCGAGCUGACGACCAACAGGAGCGCGCCGGUGGUAAAGACCCUCUCCCAGCUCCCCUGUGGCAAAGCCCUCUGCAGUUACGAGGGGAAGGAGCCCGGCGACCUCAAGUUUCACAAGGGUGACGUCAUCCUCUUGCGGCGCAGGCUGGACGAGCACUGGUACCAUGGGGAGCUGCAGGGUGCACACGGCUCCCUGCCCACCAGCUGCAUCCAGUGCGUCCGGCCCUGGCCACAGGCCCCGCCCCAGGGCAAAGCACUGUAUGAUUUCGAGAUGAAGGACAGAGACCAGGACAAGGACUGUCUAAGCUUCACCAAGGACGAAGUCCUGACCGUGAUCAGAAGAGUGGAUGACAACUGGGCAGAAGGAAUGCUGGGGGACAAGGUUGGGAUUUUCCCCCUCUUGUACGUGGAGCUCAACGACUCCGCCAAGCAGCUCAUGGAGUUGGACAAGCCAUGCCCAGCUGCUGUGUCUGGCUGCCAUGCCUCGUUGCCCUCUGACCCUCGCUCGGCGGCCAGUGUGGCCCCAGGGCCCACGGUAAGCAGCACAGGGGCAGUCAGUGCCUUUCAGCGGCGUGUGGACAGCAAGAAGAAUACCAAGAAACGCCACUCGUUCACCGCGCUCAGCGUGUCGCACAAGUCCUCUCAGGCCUCCAGCCACAGGCAUUCCAUGGAAAUCAGUGCCCCGGUGUUGAUCAGCUCCAGCGACCCGCGGGCCGCAGCCAGAAUCGGGGAGCUGGCUCAUCUGUCGUGCAGUGCUCCCACCCAGGACUCCUCCUCCUCGGCCGGACCCGCCCCAGCGGCUGAACAGCAGGGCACGGCUCCCAAAGUCCAGCUGCCCCUCAACGUGUACCUGGCGCUCUACGCCUACAAGCCCCAGAAGAGUGACGAGCUGGAACUGCGCAAGGGCGAGAUGUACCGUGUCCUUGAGAAGUGCCAGGACGGCUGGUUCAAGGGCACGUCCCUGAGGACCGGGCUCUCUGGGGUGUUCCCAGGAAACUACGUGACGCCUGUCUCCAGGGUUCCCGUAGGAGGGGCUGGGCCACCCCGGAAUAAUGUGGUUGGAGGGUCUCCACUGGCCAAAGGGAUGGCCGCAACCAUCCACCCAGGCGGUGGAAGUCUGAGCAGCCCAGCCACUGCCACCAGGCCCACCCCUCCCCUGACCACACCCCAGGCCCAGGCCCAGCACCAGGCGGCCUCUCCCACGAUGGGCAGCUGUCUGCGGCACUCAACACAGCCGGCGGCCAGCCAGGCCCGGAGCACCAUCCCCACAGCUGCCCCCUCUUCAGCUCAGGCUCAGGACCGACCCACCGCCACAGUGUCACCCCUGUGCACCCAGAACUCCCCUUCCCGCCUGCCUGCCGUCAGCCUCAGGCCCCACUCUGUGGUGUCCCCACAGCAUAUCCCCCAGCCCCCGACGCAGACGGUCAUCGGAGCCCAGUGCCCCCGGCCGGCCAUCCCACUCACGUCGGCAGCAUCAGCCAUCACACCUCCCAAUGUCAACGCCGCCAACCUCAACGGGGAGGCCGGAGGGGGGCCCAUCAGUGGCCUGUCGACAGCCAGCCCCCCCAGCACAGGAUACAGACCAGAUGAGAAGAAAAAUGAAAAGAAAGAGAAGAAGAGCGGGCUGCUGAAACUUCUAGCUGGGGCGUCCACCAAGAAGAAGUCUCGCUCCCCGCCAUCCAUCUCUCCGACCCACGACCCCCAGGUGGCAGUGGAUGCCACUCUCCAGGGCGCAUUGGGGCCCGAAGUGUCCUCGCGGUCCAUCCAUGGCAGGGCAGGGUCCUGCCCCAUAGAGAGUGAGAUGCAGGGGGCGAUGGGGAUGGAGCCACUGCACAGAAAGGCGGGCUCCUUGGAUCUGAACUUCUCCUCAUCCCCUUCCCGGCAAGCACCUCUCUCCAUGGCCGCCAUCCGGCCCGAGGCCAAGCCGUUGCCUAGAGAGAGGUACCGCGUGGUGGUCUCCUACCCACCCCAGAGCGCGGCGGAGAUCGAGCUGAAGGAGGGGGAUGUCGUGUUUGUGCACAAGAAGCGCGAGGACGGCUGGUACCAGGGGACGCUGCAGAGCACCGGCCGCACUGGCCUCUUCCCAGGCAGCUUCGUGGAGAGCUUCUGAGGACGCACACCGCCCGCACACUGGGCGCCGAGCCGGGAGCCGCGGCACGAGGAGGGGGAGCUGCUGCGUCAGGGGCCCAGGCCCUUCCCAGGCACCAGGGGCCCCUGGGUGGGGUGGGAGCUCCUGGCCUGGAGGUUGUGCUUUUGCCCAAACCCACGACUGAGCACACCCUGGGUUCGCCAAUGGAACGCCUCCCUCUCUGUGAACUGUAAAGAGAUGUCUGAAAAGGGAAGAAGAUGCUGAUGCGGCUGAUGGCGGCUGUGACAUCCCACAGAGCUGCUGUGCUCUUGGCGCCUCUUGGGCCAGGCUGGAAGCUCUGGCAGGACUGGGGACAGGGCCCAGAGCUCCUGGAGAACGUCUUUGCCCCCUGCCCCGGGCUUCCUGUGGGGUCGCGUGGCUCCAUCACCUCUCUAUAUACCUCAGUCACCUGCCGCCUGGCUCCUCAGCCCAGGGUGUUCCUGGCACAGGGGCCGUCACCGGCACAGUCCUGGGAAAGCCCCACGCAGCUCCCGUGGGGCAUGGGUCCACUGGCUUUGUCUCCUGCCGGUGUUUAAGCAGCGUUUGUGUUUCGCCACCACUGUCCCUUUGCAUUGCUUCUUUCUUACAUCUUUUUAAUGCACAGCUGUUAGACUUUAUAUAUUUCUAAUAGGCCAUACAUUCCCUAUUUUUCACACAUCUGGUGCUGCCUUUUUGUAAAACUAGUAAUGACUCGGUUGAGGUUGAGCUUGAAGCAGAGAUGUCUGAGGAGACAUCAAAUGGGCAGAAUUUUCACAUGUGCCGCAUGAAUCCCGGAGAAGUCUUAAAGCCCACGUGCUCCCCUCACAGUGUCGGCUAGUACUCCACGGAGUAAGAGGGAGUCCAUUAGGUGGUUGGAGGAAGUUUGGAAAAAGCUGAUUUCUUUAAAACGUACCAAAGCCCCAUGCUCUGUCUAGACAGUGAUAAUUAUUACUCAAGGACUGGAAACAUUUUGAGGGAAGGUCACUAUAAUUGCCUUUCGUGUGGCAGUUAAAAGAACAUGAAGGUCGACCCCAGCCUAGGAAGGCAGAAUUUUCCUUUUAUUGCUUUAGAGAGAAUGACUACAAUUAGCAUUAUCAGCAUAUGGUUUCCCACUAUCAAAAUGUACAGUUUUUACCACAGUUCAGAUUUGUCACCUUGUGAAGGUUCUGUCCUUUUUCUUUUUUUUUUUUAUAAGUAACUCCUCCUCCAUGACGCAGUGCAAACUUUGGUCUGGACGCUAGACGCAGUGGGGUUAACAGGGGUUUGAGACGUCGCUGCAGACUCGCAUGGCCCCGGGAGCUGGGAAGGAGAGACAAGGAGGAGGCCGCUCGGGCCGGGGACCCUCGGCCCCCCGCGUGGAGUCCAUGGAAUGACCUCCCGAGCCCAGCUGCUCGCGCCCCACAGCUCUGACGGGAGGAGCCCUAUCCCAAGCGGCCUCUUUCUCAAGAGACCCACACCUUAGGAACGCAUUCUCAUCAGUUCAGAGUCACAAUUUGUAAAUCCUCUCUCUCUGUAUUUUUACAAAACCACUCAGGUUUAAAUUAGGCUGAAUAAAUUUGGUAACGUAGAAUCUCGCUGGUUUUUACGGAUUCAACAGAAUCCAGAAACCUGGUCCCUGGCCUGGCGUGAUGCCUUUGAAGUACGAACGCCAGUUUUCAGAGUCCUACUGGGAUGUGACUUGGCUGUUUGUUACUGCCAGGUGGCUACCACACUGUGGGAUCAUGCCUAAAGAAAGGCUCUUUUUCUCUCUCCAGAUGAUAAUAGAUUUAACAGACUCGAGAAAUUUGUUCUGAAUCAAAGUCCAGGUUAAACAUAAGGAGCCCUGUGCGCUGAGUUAAUGACAAGCAGAAGAUAGGCAUUUGCCAUUGGUUGGCACAUUAGCUGCCUACCAAGCAUAAAAAUCGUGUGCAUGUUUAAAGUCAUGUCCUCACCAAAAACACGCACAGAUUAGCACACUGAGUGAGACACAUGUUCUCCGGUGAAACCAGAACUAACUCAAAUCCCCAGAUACAAGGAAAGUCUCUUUAUUUUCAACAACGGCAGUUACCAAGCAACAGAGCAUACUAACUUAGACCUCCUUUUCUCUCCCAGCUGCCGCCCGCAUGGUGCUCAUGGUGGGUGGGAAUUGCUGAGCAGCCUGGGGACCGUGGUGAGGGGGCCCCCCGGGGCCCAGCACCCGCUGAGCAGAGAGCUGGGGCAAGAGACCAGGCAUCUUUGUGAGGCAUCAGCUGGCCCUCUCGUGGCAGUGUCAGGGGUGGGCGUGUACUGCUUCGGGAGGGAAAGUGAUGCCAUAGGCCUGGCCAACGCCAGGGCAUCCUCUCGUGCAGGGCUCCUGGAGCUAGUGCCCAGCUCCCAGAGAGCAGGGACGUGCACGACCAGCCGCUGUGCUCUAGGCUGAGUGUUUUCAAACAUGUUCAGUCAGACUCGUCAGCCUUCAGGACCAUUUAACACCCAGAUGAGAGCAGCAGCAGAAUUAGACCCUUCCUUCAGGCCAUCUUGCCUGGAAGAACACACUCUUUGGGAUCCUAAGAUGAAACCAACACUUGCCGGAAACCCUCACGGUCCCUCCUGGUCCAGGGACUUAGACACCUUGUUGGUGCCGUGGCGUUUGGAUGCCAAGGUGACUUGCUUUGAGAAGCACAGUAGAGUUCACAGCCACCACUGAGUGAGGUCAGUGGACACUGAGGUGACAGGGACAUUCAGGCCACCAAAAGGCCACAGGAGCAGAAUGGGGAGAUGGUAGGCAAGCACUUCCCCGGCAGCCUCUCAGUGUGAAUGCCGGGCGCUGGUGCCCCAAACAAACUCAGCCGAGUGGCUGGGAAAUUGUACUUUGCACAGUUCACCCCCGCCCCAUGUUUUUGUUAUACACAAAUGUCAGUGUGUGAUUUUGGAAGAAUUGACAGUGAUAACAAACUGUGAUGCCUGUGCUUCUGAGUCCUUAAAUAAAAAUGA